AUGGACAACGAGAAUGCAAUCCUAUUGAAAGAGCUCCAUGGCGACCUUGCUCGAAAAUACCGAAAGCAUGCCGCCGUGGUCGAAACCAGCUGGCAGUCGUUUAGCCCCAGUCAACGAGCAAAAUGUUUCAAAACUGGAGCUGCAGAUGGUGCUGUGUUGAAACACCCCUUGGAUCGAUCUCUGGGUGAUGUGUACAAAAUCAUACCAGAGCUGAAUUUGCGCGACCUCACAUCCGGCCCAGACUUCCUUUUAGACCUCCUCAAACAUCGAACUUCCACAUCUCUAUUUCAACAGUACUGUGAAGGCUCCAAUGGCGGUCCCGGAGAUCACGCUAUGAUCGAGGAAUCAGUGCGCACACGGGGACUCAAACACACCAAUCCCUUUAAAAACUGUUACACUAUGUUCCAAGGCGACAUGUAUGCCACGUCUUUCCAACUCAUGGCGAAAGAAGCCUUAGCUGUUUUUGAACCAGCUAUCCGCGCUCGAGUCUGUAUUCCUCAGUCGAUUGGAGAGUUUAUUGUCCAAAGGCAGACCUACACCUUGCAAAUGCUCAAUAUUCUCAUUGACGAUAUUCUGGAGCAAGGCUCGCAAACUCGAGCCCAAAAAGCUCCAACAAAGAAGAAGACCACUGAAGACGAGGCGGCAACAGCUCUGUCAAAGCUAAAUAUCCGGGCCCCUCGGAAGAAGCUUACACUUUCCGACCUGGUCACUAGUGCUCGUGAUCACCAAGACACACUUGAAGAGUACCUCGUUUUGCUCUCCACUGAGCCAAUUGUGCUUGCUCACGCUGUGAAUAUUUGGUUCUUCAGCCGUCCAGAACUUGUUCCAGACGAAAAAGGACGCCGCUUGCCCGUUCACACCGAUAAAUAUAUCAGUGCUGCUGUUUUGGAGGCUAUCCACAGUUCAAUCCAAGGGGCUGCCAUCUGGAAAUACAUUGCUAGUCUCCUCGAGCUGCUUGAGAAAUCGGCCGAGGAUAAAGCCUGUCGAGCUAUUCUUCUUCAGGAGAUCUCCAACGUAUGUCAACUGGAAUUCACUCGUGCGCAAACUCUUUUCAAGCGCCAUGUUCAGAGUGCAACGGGAUCUAAGUGGUUCAAGCGCACUUCCAACAUGUAUGACAGCGCCAGGAAUCCGCGCGUUGCCGUAAAAGGCAAACCGGAAGACCUUACCGUAUCUGACCCACAGCUUCAUUAUAUGUUGCGUCUCUGCCAGCCAAAGCUUACUGUUUCCACUGCCACAACCUGGAUCAAAAAGCUCAGCGAGCUCCACGAAACCCAUCCUCGGGAGCGGGAAAAGCUGGAGGAAAGAGAGGCCGACUCAUUGGGCGACCUAGCUAUAAUUAUUGGAUUCAUCCAGGACUUGUCUUCUGUGAUUCCCAUUCCUUCCUUUUCCAACAACAAAGGGCAAAUGUUUCCCUCUAAAUCACUGGAGCUGGAAUCUGAGCUGAACCAGGUCAAGGAUCAACUUGACUUGCUCGAUUUCGUUGUUCCCAUCGACAACCUCCUAGAGCCGGGAGUGGCCCGUGGAGCUCUGAAAAAGCUAGAUGAAUUCACCAUCGAAAAGUCCGGCACAAAAAUGGGGUUUUUGUACCAAGAUAUGCUCGCGGACUGCCUAUCUGGUGUUCAAACUCAAUGUGAUGAAGCCAAAGUGAAAUUGGCGCAGGGAUUGAAGGCUGAAUUGCCAUUUGCACCAACAACGACACCGGAGUCGACAGCGAUCCGGGUCGAACAGCGGAAACAAAAAGAAAAGACACGUCCCUCACAUUCAUCUAUCUACGAGAUCGUUACACCCGCAGAGCUGUCUCAUCCGCAGGAGCCACCUUCGCUACCGACCUUCAAGAUAGACGAGUCAACAGCGGAGAUCUUCUCAAGGUUGUUUUCCAAAUCCCAAUCGCGUGGCCCAGUGGCCUGGGCGGCUUUCGCCGAAGCGAUGGCGAAAUUGGGAUUCUCCAUAUCCCCAAAAUACGGGUCUGUAUACACAUUCUAUCCCCCAGAUAGCAUGACGGCGAAGAAGUCGUUCACGGUGCACCGACCGCACCAAUCAAAGAUUGAAGGAUAUCACAUUCUUAUGAUGGCCCGGCGUUUAAGGGCGUUGUAUGGAUGGGACGAAGAUACUUUCCAGGUCGAAUGA